UGCCCUCUGAGCGGUCCCUACAACCAGUAAAAAAUCACAACAAACCACAAAAAUUGCUCUCAAUCAUGUUUUCAGUGCGAAAUACCCUCAGAUUAUCUGCGAAGAUUCUGCAAGCAUCGACAGAGUCUAGCAAGGUGAUCACCAGGGACUUCAAGCGAUGGGUGGCUCCGACCAUGAAGGAACUCCGUCGCAGGAGAAAAAUGGUCGGUCCUGAACCUCUUCGACCACGCUCAUCUCACCUGGAGUGGAACUACAGAGCAGAGAUAUUCGCCUUCGGAAGUCGCUUGCAUGAGAAGUUCGAUGAGAAACUCCUGCGACAGGCAUUCACGCAUCGCUCUUACAUAAUCCAGGAGGAGAUGAAGCAGAAGGACGUGGGAAUCGAGGAGCCAGCCGUACUUAUGCCGGAUAAUAGUCAAUUGGUGGAGAAUGGGGAGGAGUUGAUGACCAAAUGUCUGGAUGAUUAUGUGGCGAAAGCAUUGCCAAAAAUGCCUCUGGAUGGGAGAAUUGCCGUGAGGAAGCAUUUGAUGAAUCAGGAGAAUCUCGCUCACAUCUCCAGUUACAUCGGCACAAAGGAUUUGAUACUAUCUGCAGAGUUUCCCGUCACAGGAGCAAUUCUGGCGGACACAUUGAAGGCUAUUGUUGCCGCUUUGGAGGAAAGCAGUGGAAUUGAGAGAGCGAAUGCCUUUGUACGAGACUUUAUCUUCACGCAACUUAAUCAGAAGGACAUCGAUGAGAUGUGGAAAGUACCGGAUCCUCUGCAGUACCUCACUGAGUAUUGCUCCAGGAACAAUCUGGGCGAAGUGGAGCCUCGACUGAUAGGCGAAUGUGGGAAAAACUCAAUCUUGGCCGCUUAUCACGUGGGAAUCUACUGCAAUCGGCAGCUUCUGGGCACGGGAUUUGGAGAGAAUGUGGAUACUGCAAUUGAGGAAGCAGCCAAAGACAGUUUGAGGGAUAUUUUCGACACACAAGUCUGCAGGCGACCGAUAAACUUCCAACAGUGA